AUGCUGCUCCAGCUCAUCUUGACCCCGCUCGGCUGGCUCAAGAACUCCGUGUCUGUUGUCGCCGAAGACGCUCUCCUCGCAACACUUUCCGCUGGCCCAAUACCACAGCACGUCGCUUUCAUUCUCGAUGGCAACCGGCGGUAUGCCCGGAGCAAAGACAAGCAAGUGAAUCUAGGCCACACCGAUGGCUUUUACAAUCUGAAGAAGAUGCUAGAGGUGUGCAUCAAGAUGAAGGUGCGCUGCGUUAGCGCAUACGCGUUCUCGAUCGAGAACUUCAAGCGGUCGCCCGGAGAGGUGGAGGCUCUCAUGGACCUCGCUGAGCAGAAGCUGCUCGAGUUCUGCGAGCAAGGGAGCAUCCUCGAGCAGUACGGCAUCAAGCUUGUCGUGGUCGGACACAAGGACAUGCUGCCAGAGCGCGUCAGGGCGGCCGCGGAGAAGGCGGAAGCGUUGACCGCACAUCACGACCGUGCCAUCUUCAACCUCUGUAUGCCCUACACCUCGCGCGACGAGAUGACGACGGCCGUGCAGACGUGCAUCCAGGAGUGCCUGGUGAACGAAUCGAUGGACAGCAAGAUCUCCGCCGAGGACAUCGACGCGCACCUCAUGACUUCGCUGGCGGGCAGCCCGCCUUUGGACAUCCUCAUCCGCACGAGCGGGGUCAAACGCUUGAGCGACUAUUUACUGUGGCAGUGCUCCGAAGAUACUCAGCUGCAAUUUUCCAACAAAUACUGGCCUGAAUUCGGGAUGCUGGACUUUGUGCCGAUCAUCUUGGACUACCAGCGCAAGGCAUGGGCGCAAGCAUCAUAA